GAUUUGGAUAGCGAGAAGAGAAUUGGUACAGUUGUGACGACUGCACAUCUGAUUCGCACAAAGCGCCCAUCACCGGAUGCUUGGUUAUGCAAAUAUGAGUAUGCUUCUGAUGUCAAGGUUACUGUCCACUUGCGGGGUGGCGCCGUUGCAAAGGGCCGCCUGCUCUACCACCAGAAGCACUAUAAUCUUGCUUUCUUCAGGGUUAAAAUGCAUCCAUCUAUUCAGUUACCCCAUUUUAUCGAUAAAGUGGAAUGUGCUCAAGACAUUUUUGAGCUUGGAAGAGAUGAAUCUGUCAAACUAGUGAUACAUCAUGGUAGAGUGAAAUAUUCGAAUCCAGACGUGUAUGAGCGGAAUCACCAUAUGUGCAUUGAAGGUCCACAUCGAGACCGUGAGUAUGAUAACGGAGGUCCUGUCAUUGACUUAGACGGGAAGGUUGUGGGAAUGAUCGACAGUUGUCCAGAAGGGUCUUUUAUACCUUCUUCAAUUUUACUCAAGUGCUUUCAUCUGUGGAAAAACUUUGGGCGCAUCCGUCGACCACACCUUGGAUUGAAACUUUUUGCCAUCAGCCUUCUAAACCCUGUUCAAGUUGAGGAUAUAUUGAUUGAAUAUAAGAUUAAUGAGGGUCUUAUUGUUAACGAGGUGUCAGCAGGCUCUCCUGCCGAAAGAUGUGGAAUUCGACUUGGGGACGUUGUUGAAUGUUUCAAUGGAAAAUGUGUUUCUACUGUUGUGGAGUUAGAAAACAUGUUGCUGAGCAUAGUGGUGAACAGCGGAGAUGGCCUUAGUUCUGAUCUAGAUGUGGAGAUUCAGGUAUACUUCCCGCGUAGAUAUCUUCGAAGAAUCAAAAAAUUGACUGUGAAGGUAUCUGAAGAUGGUGAAUUUGUUGCAAGAGGUCAAGCAGGCAACAGCCGACCAUCUGCAAGCCAGCCAUGCACGGCGUGCACAUUGACCAUGGCACCCUAUUGUUUUUACCUUUGGGAUGAGGACCCACUCUGGCACACUGCUCUAUCACCUCUUGUGGAACCAGAACAGCAUUUAGGAAGGAAGCCAAGACCUUCCUUAAUCCUUAGUGAUGGUGUCACCAAUUAG